GUGUAAGAUCAUUUUCUGUGUUCAGCUAAGUACUGCAGACUUGAGUAUCUUGUAUCUAUUAAUCUGUUGGGCAGGCAGCUGGUUUUUUUGUUUGUUUUUUAUAUUUAAUUACCAUGAAUAAUAUUUUGUAAGCCCUAACAGUAUGUAAAGGUCAUGCUAAUUUUGAGUAACUGUUGACAUACACAUAGUAUUAACUGUUUCGUACACUUCAUGUUCAUAUUUACCCACAAGAUACAUGGGGCUGCUGUUUCCUUUUGUAAACCUCUCAUUACAUUAAAUGAUUUGCAUAACAUCCAUUCCAUGCAGUUACUGUCUGCAGUUGUAAGACUAACGUUUCAGUGUUCCUGGGGUUAUUAGUAUCCCUUAUUUCAAUAAUAAGGACCAACCUUUAAUCAUUAGCAAUUUGGUUUAAAUUUCCUUUUUUCUUUGUAGUUUUUACCAUUCUUGGAUUGUGAUAAUAUGAAUAUUUUUGUAGCAGUUUUCCUUUUAAUAUUGUAAAUGUUUACUGUGCAAAGUCCAAACAGAAAACUUAAACACACUUACAUGAACUGGUCUCUACCCAUAUCUACGUGAUCAAAAAGUAGCUGAAAUAUUUAUUGUUUUUAUUUUCAAACUGCACAGUUAAUUGAUCAUCAAGUUUCUGUUACAAAGUACCACAAUACUUACUGUACAACCAGUGAACUAUGGUACUCUACCUAUAUAAAAUGCUGUUUUAUAAAGAGGAUUUUCUCAUUCCAGCUAAGACAGCCUUUUAUUUUGUUUGUUUGUUUCUCUGAGAAUAAAUCUAUUUGGUCUUCAUUUUUUUCCCCCAAGUAAUUUUCUCUUGCUUCUGUGGAAUUAUUCCUCCUACAUGGGAAUGAGUAAAACAGAAUUUCACCUGUACUGCUUUCAGUGAUGAAUACAGAAAUGGGGUAUAUAAGUUAUUGUGAUGAAAAUUCAGUUAAAUCACUUGUUCUCAGAGGAAUUCCUCAUUACAGUUGAAUUUUCAAAACUGUUAUAACACAGUGGAAACAAAUUUACAGAAUUCUGGGGGUUUUGUACAGAAAUUUCUUAAAUAUAAGAUAAUUUAACCUAUUGUCUUGAAAAUAUUACUUAGCAGUUAAGUGGCCACAGACUUGGGGGGUAACAACUUUAGUAUACCAAAGUUUGCAACUUAAUAGUACACAAAAGGUAUACAAUACAGUUAAUGCAUGAUAUCAAUUCAGUUGCUUUAUAGAUCAGAUCUUUGUUCCAAAUAAAAUGCUGAAUCAUUUGCCUUUUCUGUGCACAAGUCCUAUAAAUACAGCUUCAAAAUUACUUGUGCCAAGAGAUUUCUUGCCCUUCUGUUCUUUUGAAACUUUUUUUGGAGACCAUGCCCUGCACAGGCCAAAUAGCAUGAGAGUCGAUGCCUACAUUCUAACCUUGUUCAUGAAUUGUGCUGCAGCUGUCUUGGACAUACAGAUGAACUGUUAAUCACACCAGACUGGCACACAUCCUUAUAAUAAGGUGUCCUUCUUCUUUUUAUGGUCUGACAGAAGGGAUACAAUGUUUAAAUUCCCUUGGGAGUCUGAGUUAACAUUUCAUGAGCAGUUGAAGUUUGUAUUUCUCAGAUGGUUGUAAGUAAACCUACUCAACGCUAUUUAACAGAAUGAGAUGGGGAAAGAGCAGAAGGAAAAUGGCAGAAUUAAGCUUACUGUGUCUGCUGCCUUUUGCGCACUUGAAAUGCUUAUGAAGAGUUAUGGGUGAAUUCCAGCAGCUCUGUGAAAACCACAUCCAUUUUGACAGAAUUAAAGCUGCGGAAACAGAGAAUUGUGAGGUGUUUGGCGUUUGACGCUCUAUGCUUCCCCCUCCAUGCCUGGAUUCUGAUCUGAAGAUCAGCUAACAGUUCAGCCUGGUGGGAAACAUUCCUCAUUCAGCAGCAUCAUUUUGAAAUGAUGAAAAAAAGCCACAUUGCAUAGCAUAAGUUAGAGGAUUUAGCUCAUAUUUGUCUAGAAACCUUAUUUUGCCUUGUUCUCCUGCCCUUGUGGAAGUACACGUUUUUGCCUUUCAGAGUACCUGACAUCUGCAGCCUUUCUGGAACCUCUUGCCAUAGACUCCAGGGGUUUUAAGUGUCAGAUGUUGAGAGGCUGUUGCUGAAGCAGUGGACUGUUGGGAGUGAAAUCUAAGCAUGUUUUCACUGUACAAGUCUCUCUCUCAGUUGCUUGUCAGGCAUCUGCUGUCAAUGCCAGUGCUGUGGUCUCUGGUGUGUUGAGUGGUGGCUGCCCCAGGCUGGCAGCCAAACUCCACACAGCCUGGUUUGGGAGAGAAUUGGGAGGGCAGAUUCAGAACCUCAAGGCCUUUUUGCACUGGUGAGCAGACUGUGGGUGAGCAAGAGUCUGGCAGGGGACACAGCCAAGUUUGCAGAGCCCAGCGGACCAAAGGGAAAACCCAAGCCAUUGUAGUUCCAUGUGCAGCAAUAAAAUUGGGAUGGAGAGUGGAAGGAUGAAGGUUUGGCAAAACCAGAUGUCACUGUGAGGCCAGCUGGGCAUUGCUUUGCUGUCAGGAGGUGGUGAGUGAUCAUUUUUCCAUCAUCUACCCUUUUUUAUUUCUUAAUUUAUUAACCCAGCUUUAUCUCCACCCAAGAACUGCUUUGGGUAACCUGUUCCAGUGCCUCACCACACUUAGAGCAAAUAAUUUCUUCUUUCCUCUAUUUCAUCUGAACCCAUUCAAUUUCAAUCCAUUAUUCCUUGUCCUAUCAGGACAGUUCCUGACAAAGAGUCCCUCUCUGGCUUCCUUGUAGGCCCCUUUCAGAUACUGGAAGGCUGCUAUGAAAUCUUCUUCAGGCUGAACAGCCCCAAUUUUCUCAGCCUGUCUUCAUAGGAGAGAUGCUCUUGUCCCCUUAUCAACUUUGUGGCCCUACUCUGGACUUGGUCCAACAGCUCCAUUUCCUUCUUAUCAAAAUAUCCUGUUGAGUGGUAACCCUCAGCCAUAAAAAUGUCAUGCACAAUUUUUGAAAAAGCGAUAUCAAAUACUAUAAUAAAUCACAAUAUUAACACACUUGUAUGUUUAAUAUGAACCUCAUUACACUUGCUUGCCCUAAUCUUAGGCCAUUAUUUCCUUUGAAGCUGUUUUCCUGAUAUGUGAUUUGUUUGGGUCCAGCAGUGUCUGAGUUCCAUGUUGUUCUUCAGACGUUGUUUCAGUAUUCCCUCAGUGCUUUUGCCUGAGAAUGACUUCAUAAACCAUGGCAAGAUUGCCUAUAUUAAACAUUAAAAAAGGCUAGUAAUGUCAUCAAUAGAAAGUAGGAGUUGAGGAUAUCUCUCUCACAAGUGCCAUAAUUCCUCUGAACCGGCCAGUUUUAUUAUUUGCCUACAUUAGCGUGCCCCACUGCUUCUAACAUUACUGCCUUGGCACUACUCCUCCUCCUCAUCCCCCAGAGAAAGGUAGGGAUGCCCUCUCUGGCUACUCUAUCUUGUCAGUCCCUUAGGAAGAAACAAACAGAAGAGGUGUAGCUGCACUGCUGACCCUGGAGAGCUUGGAAAACAGCUCCAUCUUAUUUCAGGUAGUUCUGGAUGCCUUCUGCCUCUCUUGAAGGUAACUCACUUUCAGUAAAAGUGGCAGGCACCUUUGCUUCCAGAACACAAGUUUAACCUGUUGUAAACACCAGUCAGUCAGUCUUGGCACGGAUGUAGCCUGGGGCAGCCUCAGCUUUCAGAAAUGGCCAAGUCUAUUUCUGUGGUACAGGAGGCUCCCUCAGAGGUACCUCAGUGCCCUGGGUGGUUUGGGUCUCCUCCCUCACCAGAGUGCUCCUCUGCCCUUGUUUUUGGCCAAUCUCCUCCACUGCUGUUUUCUCGUUAUUGUUUUGGUUACUUUUAGUGUUCACUACACAUUUCUGCACUGCUGUCAGCAAGGAUCCUGCAUUACAUACACAGAUCAUACAUACAGAAGCUUUAAGGCUUCUGCAAGUAAUUUUGUUUUAAUUUCCUCAAUUUUCCUAUCCAUGCUCUUUGUGGUUCUUUUCGUACAUCUGUCUACAUCACUUUGAAGAGUCAGCUUAUUUAUUUCAAAAGUGCACAACAACUGGUUUUCUUGAAUAAUUUCCUGGGUAAAUUAUGCAAUCUUACACUGAAUGUUGUAUUAACCAUGAAUAUGUGGGGUGGUAUCAUCAUUCUUGAUAUGAGAGUUGGCACUAUAGAGAAAAGAUUUUGCUGCAAGACAUUAGGAAUAAAAAGAAAGGAAAUGUGAGUUUACCGAUCUGAUUACAAGCCAACUGACAACCAAACCUCUACACGAAGGAUUUAGACAAUUAAGGACUCCUGCUUUAUUUUAAAUUAUAUUCUUCUUUCACAGAGGUAGCAAUGUACAUUUACUGUUACCAGUGAAUCUUCCCUGCAUGUGAUGCAGUAACUGCUUUUCAGUUUCCUUGUGUUUCACAAUAGAGACAAAAGACAUUUUGUGCAGCAUCUGAUGGAAACCAAACUUUUGAAAUCAGUAAAUCAGUGACUCCUUGUGCCUUUAAAAACCAAAUUAUAGUUCAGAAAUUCUGGACUUCUACGCUGCUGUACAUUUACUCCCACCUUUUGAAGGAAAAUAUUGUAAUUUUUUACCCACAUUUCUUAGGUAAAAAAAAAGAAAAAGGAAAAGAAAAAAGGACGGAAAAAAAGUAGUCUGCAUUUCUAUUGGUGCUCAGCUGAAGCUGCAGUUUCACUUUGAACAGAAUUGAAACUCAAGCUCUUAGAUGGGUGACAGCAAAUUCCUAAUAUAAAAAAAGUCAGCCUUAUUCCAAAAGGAAAUGCUAAGUGUCAGUACAGCUAUUAAAAUUUCCACAGUUUGUAGGUUUAGGCUGCAAGGGAGAUCUCCAAGGACACUGAGCACCUGCCAAAGAUUACAGGGUUGCGUGACUGGACACUGUGAUUUAGAAAACCUGCUUGCAAUCAAAGCAAGUGGACAUUAAGUGUCUCAUGCUCCAGUGUCAUGUACCAGGGAAUGGCUGGGUGCUUGAAGAAAUCAACAUACACAGUCAAACUUGUGCCAACUCAUUCUCUUCUUUCAUGAUUAAUUAAGCAUAUUUGGUGAAUAAUUAUAAACGAGUGGAAGGUAACUUCCCUUUGUGGUCACAUAGAGUGUGAAAAAUCCAGAGCGGAAUAACUAGUGUGUGGUGUUUGUAGUGCAGGUUUCCAUCCUACUAGAAAUGUGUUGAAUGUCCUUGCAGCACAUAGUAGGAUUUUAGUAAGAUUUCUGCAUUAGUUACAGUAGCACUCAGUGAAAACCUUGGUGCAUCUUGCGUGAAAAGCAAAAUCCAGUUAUCAAUAAAGAGCAGAGGAAUCAUACUUUGUUGUAGUAUUUUAGUAUUCAGCCACAAGGGUGAGAAAUAUAGUCCCGAAUUAAUAUAGCUGGGAAUUAAUGAGCCUUUUCCUAGGCCCUGAUUAAAAUGGCAAUGACUUUCUUGUUUUUGUGUUCAUUUCUAAAUGACUCAGACUCUAAACACAGGGAAUUUGCAAAUAUGACUGCAAAUUCUUUCUCUGUUCAUUCGUCAGGUUCCAGGCAUCUGAAAUGAGUUUCUCAGCUCCAUCAUGGUCAAAGAAAUUAUGAAUUGCUAUUUAAAAUGUAAAUAAAAAUAUGUAGGGAAAGAAGACAUGAAAAACCCCACAAACUCCACCUAAUAAAUAUCCUAAUCAUUGAACUAGUCUGUUCUGCUAAGCACAGAGACUUCUAAGUAAGAAACUCUCAGACAGACACCGUGUUCUGUGUAAUGCUGGAUUGUCACCAGCUUAAGUCUAUCCUUGUAAUUUUUAAUUCUGACCCUUCUACAUUCUCACAUGCAAUUUUCACCUUUCUGUAUGCUGUUUCCUAUGCCCUUACCACUAUACUUUUUAUCAUGCUUUAUUUUGGUUCCCUUCCCCAAAGUCCCAUUCACUUAAUAGACAUUUCUUCUGUAAAGUAUUCAGCUUAGAACUGUCCCAGUUCUUGAAGCUAUUUGCAUCAGGAAUGAAUGCCGAAAAAAUAAUAAUAAUUAUAAAAAUUACUAAACUUCUAAAUCUAAACUAUUUUUAACAUCAGUUGACUAUGUCUGUAUCUCUGUUCAUGCAACUUAUACUAAAAAAGAGGGAUGGGUAAAAGGAGGAACUUGAUCUCCUGCAAAUGUUAAUUGUCUGAAGUGACUGGUUAUCCUUAUGUAGUGCGUUUGUCUCCCAGUUGAUUGAUUUUAAACUUUGUGGCCAAAUAGUUCGCAACUGUCCCCCUUCAGAGUUCCCUGUGGCUUGGAUAUUUAUCUCCUCUGAGUAGGUCUUAUAGUUCUUUAUGGUGUGACACUGUAGCAAGGUAAAAUACAGUCUGAAAUGAAAACUUCAAAAAUAACGAAGAAAACGGUAAAUUGCAGCAUAUAAAUCGCAGAAUAAAAGCACGUGAAUUUAUGAGUAAUGUGAAAAUUUGUUUAAAAGGGGGAAAAUAAGAGUACUCCAUUAUUUCUUAGGGGUGGAGCAAAAAAUGAGGUACUGUUGUUUUAAGUACAAAUAUUUGAGGAAGUGGGUUGCAACAGUUGUUUCACAUUCAAUUAUUUCUCAAGUUGCAGUUGAGGUGAAGAGUAAUAAUAGAGCAGUGAUUACUGCUGUUGUCUUGAGUAAGUUAUGUCAUAUUUUACUCUCCUCUGGACCUCAUCUGAACCAGUGGGGACCACUUUUAUGCUGUUUUCUUCUGCUCUGAUUUACAGGCUCUUCAAACAAAAAAUCUGCCAGAUCUGGAAGCACACAGAAAAUGAAUGGCUCCUGGUGUCUGAUGUACAGCAACUGUCAGUAUUUCCCUCAGUGACUGCAGGUUCUUUGUCCAUGGCUGGUGACGACUGGCACUUCAUGCUCUGCUGUGUUGUGCAUCAACAGAUAAAGGUACCUCGUGCAAAGAUGUCAAAUGCUUUGCUCUUUGUCUUGCUCUUCCUGUUUCCGAUGCUGCUGUCUGGAGCUUGGUUUCCCAAAACUUUGCCUUGUGAUGUUAAAUCUUCAGAAGGUACUGUGACAGUAGACUGCACCUACCGGCGUCUCACACAAGUCCCCAGAGGGAUCCCUGAAAACGCUACCAACCUCACCCUGAGUAUUAACCAUAUUCCCCAUAUCUAUCCAACAUCCUUUGCUCAACUUAAAAACCUCAUGGAGAUUGACUUCAGAUGCAACUGUGUGCCUGUCAGACUGGGGCCCAAAGAUCUUGUCUGCAACAGAAGACUGGAGAUUGAGAAUGGCAGUUUUGCUGCCCUGACAAGACUGAAGUCACUGUACUUGGAUGCAAACCAGCUGUUGGAAAUACCCCGAGGUCUUCCUGCUACUUUAACCCUGCUGAGCCUGGAAGCAAAUACUAUCUUUUCUAUCCAAAAAGCCAACUUGUCAGAGCUAGGAAACAUUGAGGUAUUGUAUCUGGGACAGAACUGUUACUACCGCAAUCCAUGCAAUGUUUCAUUUGAGAUUGAGGAAACAGCCUUUCUGGAGCUGAAAAAAUUAACAAUACUAUCCCUGAAGUCCAACAACUUAACACAUAUUCCACCCAAUUUGUCAUCUACUUUGAAGGAACUGUAUAUUUACAAUAACAGGAUUCAAGUGAUUCAAGAGCAGGAUUUAAGUGCCCUUCCCAACCUAGAAAUUCUCGAUCUAAGUGGCAACUGCCCACGUUGCUAUAAUGCCCCAUAUCCUUGCACUCCCUGCACCAGUGGCUCGAUUCAGAUACAUUCAAAGGCUUUUGAUUCCUUGAAAAAUUUAAGAAUUUUGCGACUUCACAGUAACUCUCUCCAGAGCGUACCCCGCAGUUGGUUUAAAAACAUCAAGAACCUCAAAGAACUUGACCUCUCCCAAAAUUUCCUCAUGAAGGAGAUUGGAGAUGCUCAGUUUUUGAAGUUUGUCCCCAGCCUGGUGGAGCUUGAUCUGUCCUUUAAUUUUGAACUCCAGUUGUAUUCUCCCUUCUUGAAACUGUCUGAGACAUUUUCUUCCCUCUCUAACCUGGAAACCUUGAGGCUCAAGGGUUAUGUCUUUAAAGAACUGAGAGAGGAGGAUCUACGCCCACUGCUCCGUCUUAGGAAUCUCACCGUCUUGGAUCUUGGGACUAAUUUUAUUAAAGUUGCAAACCUGACAGUGUUCGAAGAAUUCCCAGCUCUUAAGUUCAUAGACCUCUCAGUGAAUAAAAUUUCUCCUUCUUCAGGGGAAAGCAACUCCAAUGGAUUCUGCUCUAAUCUUGGGUUUUCAGUAGAGCAGUACAACAGGCAAGUACUACAAGAGAUGCAUUAUUUUAGGUAUGAUGUGUAUGGGCGAAGUUGCCGUUCCAAAGAUAAAGAGGCUGCUUCCUACCAAUCUUCAGUUAAGGAAGAUUGUCUGCAAUUUGGAAAAACUCUGGAUUUGAGCAGAAAUAAUGUAUUUUUUAUUAACCCCUCAGACUUCCGGGGACUUAGCUCCCUUACAUGUCUCAACUUGUCAGAUAAUGCAAUAAGUCAAACUUUAAAUGGAAGUGAAUUCUCCUACUUGUCUGGAUUGAAAUAUCUGGAUUUUUCUAACAACAGGGUUGACUUGCUGUACCAAACUGCUUUCAAAGAGCUAGAACAUUUAGAAAUUCUUGACCUGAGCAAUAAUCAACAUUAUUUUCUGGCAGAAGGUGUUACUCAUGUGCUUAAUUUUGUGAAAAACCUCGACCAUUUGAGGAAGCUGAUGAUGAACGAUAAUGACAUUUCUACCACCAUUAACACAGGAAUGGAAAGCCAAUCUCUUCAAAUUUUAGAAUUUAGAGGAAAUCGUUUAGAUGUUUUAUGGAUGGAUGGCAAUGCUAGAUACUUAUCCUUCUUCAAGAAUUUGACCAGCCUGGAAGAACUGGAUAUUUCCUUCAACUCACUCAGUUUUUUGCCUCCCACUGUUUUUGAAGCAAUGCCUCCCAAACUCAAGCUCCUCAACUUAACCAAUAAUCAAUUGAAGAGUUUCAACUGGGAAAACCUCCACUAUCUGAAGAAACUAGUAACUCUGGACCUGAGCAAUAACCUUCUGACCACUGUUCCCCGAGAACUGUCCAAUUGCUCCUCAUCACUGCAAGAACUGAUGCUCCGAAACAAUCAUAUUCAUCAGCUAACCAAACAUUUUCUCAGAGGUGCUUUUAAACUGAGGUAUUUGGACCUCAGCUCAAACAAGAUUGAAAUAAUUAAGAAAUCUAGCUUCCCUGAAAAUGUCAUCAACAACCUGAAGAUGCUGCUUUUGCAUGGCAACCCUUUCAGGUGCAACUGCGAGGCCGUGUGGUUUGUCUGGUGGAUCAAUCAGACUCAGGUGACUAUUCCUCUUCUGGCCUCAGACGUGACCUGUGCUGGCCCAGGGGCACAUAAGGGAAGGAGCGUGGUUUUCUUGGAUCUGUAUACCUGUGAGCUGGACACCUCGUAUUUGAUCCUGUACGCUCUAUCAGCUUCAACCGUCCUCAGCUUUAUGGUGCUUGCGGUGACGAGCCAUCUGUACUUCUGGGAUGUGUGGUAUAGUUACCAUUACUGCACCGCCAAGCUGAAGGGCUAUCGGCGUUUAUCUUUACCAGAUGCCUGUUACGAUGCUUUUAUUGCCUAUGACAAUGAAGAUCCAGCUGUGAAUGACUGGGUGAUGGAAGAACUGGUUAGAAGGCUGGAAGACCGAAAAGCCAGGCAGUUCAAUUUAUGCCUGGAAGCAAGGGACUGGCUCCCGGGACAGCCGGUCUUUGACAACCUUUCCCAGAGCAUUCAGCUGAGCAAAAAGACUGUAUUUGUGCUGACCAAUAAGUAUAUUAAAAGUGGCAGUUUCAGGACAACCUUUUACAUGGCCCACCAGCGGCUUCUAGAUGAAAAACUGGAUGUCAUUGUCUUGAUAUUUCUUGAGAAGGUUUUGCAGAAGUCGCGCUAUGUCCGUCUGAGGAAGAGGCUGUGUCGAAAUUCUGUCCUGGAAUGGCCAACUAACCCUCAGUCUCAGCCCUUCUUCUGGCAGUGCCUGAAAAAUGCCAUAGCUACAAACAAUUUGCUGGCUUAUAACAAGCUUCUCCAAGAAACUGUUUAGCUCUACUCUUCCCCAUAAAAUUUGUUAUGAUGCGCAUGCACCUUGCUUGGGAUUUAUUACUGCACAGCAAGAGAUAAUGCACUACACCCUGGAAGUCACUGGUUUAGAACAAAAUUGCCACUUCCAGCUUUCAGUUCACUAGAGGCCUCUAGCAUCUCCUGUGGUUGGGUCAAGUGUGGGUUAGACACUUUAUCAACAUACUCGACUACACAGACUGCAGGAGAGACCAUGCCUGAAAUUGCUGCUGUUCAGAUAUUGUUGGAGUAAAUGUGAUUUUCAUAGAAAAUUUUAGUUUCUGUAUUUGAGGUAUUUAUGAAAAACAAGAGAAAUGCUUGCUGGCAUAUUUGUCUCUGAAAAUGCA